ACAGGAAAGCAAAUCGUAUAAUUUAGAUUGAAAAAAUUUGAUAAGAGAUUUUGCCUCCUCCAAAAUCUAAUUCUGAAUUUAACAAUCCCUCAUUAAGUUCGCCGCCGUGCCACCGUCUGCUUCUUCCCGCCGCCGCUGCUGCUGCCUGUGUCUGCUCCCUUUCCCACACUCAAGUAGUAGUAAUAUAUUGUUAAUUUUUAUGCGUAUUAGAUUUCUAUUUUUUUCAUUAUUACUUGCUGUUUAUUUUUUAUAUAUUUUUUUCGUUUAGUUUUUUCCCACACAGCCAGCCAGUGCCCAGUGCCUGUUCUGCCUUUUGCUGUUUUUAUUAGAUUCUUUUCGAAAUUUUGUAUUAUAUCGGAGUGGGUUCACAUGAUAUUUCUCUUCUCCUCCCUUGUGCUCUUGUUCUUUGUAUUAGAAUUUGGUCCCUUUUUUAUAUUAAUUUUCUUUUGAUGAUUUGUCAAUAGUUGGAAAUGACUUGCAUUUUGUAAUACUCCAAUUUUACGAGGUAAGUCAAAUAUAAAGAAGACAUUUUAUGAUGUAGCAGAAGCCACAAGAUUUUAGGCAGUAUUGAAUAAUGUUUUAAGUGGCGAGAGAUUAAAGUAUAGAGAGCAGUGUUUGUUUUAGAAAUUGUGUCACUUUGAAUGGAAUGGGGAGAAGUGGGAUCCGUGUUUUUAUUCAUGUUUUGUUUGGUUUUAAUAUGAAAAUUUUUGGUUUUACCAUUUUGCUUUAUAUAGGUAAUUUGGUGCGGUACAGUGAUUGUUUAAGUUGGAAUUUUGGUUUGGUUCGGAUUUAGCAAAAAUCUAAUUGAAAAUUGAAUACUCAUUACUUGCCUUCAAAACAGGGUAUGCAUCCUUUUAUGAGAUUUUUUUGACAAGAUUGUUGUUCAGUUUGGUCUACUGAAGUGAACACCGUAAUAUUGGAAGAUGUGUUUGUACGCUAAUGUGUCGAUUUUCUUUUAUGGAGUAACUUCAGCUAACAUAUUGGAGAAUGGGGGAGCUCAUGGUUGAAAAACAUGUCAAAUAUAUCGUAUCAAUUGAAAAGAAAAAGGAUGAUUUUGCGUCUGUGGUGAUGGAGCACCUGAGGUUGAAUGGCGCUUAUUGGGGAUUGACUACUCUGGAUGUUUUAGGAAAGCUUGAUGCAGUGAAUCAGGAUGAGGUUGUUUCGUGGAUCAUGCAAUGUCAGGAUCAAUCUGGUGGUUUUGGUGGUAAUAUAGGGCAUGAUCCUCACCUGCACUACACAUUAAGUGCUAUUCAGGUUUUAGCACUAUUUGACAAGAUAGAUGUUCUUGAUAUUGAGAAGGUUGCCAAUUAUAUUGCCAGCUUACAAAAUGAAGAUGGGUCAUUUUCCGGUGACAUUUGGGGUGAAGUGGAUACCAGGUUUUCUUAUAUUGCAAUAUGCUCUCUCGCAUUACUACAGCGUCUGGAUAAAAUAAAUGUAGAAAAAGCUGUAGCGUACAUUGUAAGUUGCAAGAAUUUAGAUGGUGGAUUUGGAUGCACACCCGGAGCAGAAUCUCAUGCAGGACAAAUUUUCUGUUGUGUGGGAGCUCUUGCUAUCACUGGUUCUGUAGAUCAUGUUGACAAGGAUCUCCUUGGAUGGUGGUUAUGUGAACGACAAGUAAAAUCCGGAGGUUUAAACGGGCGCCCUGAGAAGCUUCCUGAUGUAUGCUACUCGUGGUGGGUUCUUAGUAGUUUGAUUAUGAUUGAUAGAGUUCACUGGAUUGACAAGAAGAAGCUCGCUGAUUUCAUCUUGGAUUGCCAGGAUAAAGAGAACGGUGGAAUCUCAGACAGACCUGAUGAUGCUGUUGAUGUCUUCCACACCUAUUUUGGUGUUGCUGGUAAGAUUUUGAGCUACUACUACUAUUACUGCUGCCCUCCUUUUUGUAUGAUUUACUUGCUACAAUGCAAUAGCCAUUUUUUUUGGUGAAUUCAGGUCUUUCGCUUCUUGAAUAUCCCGAACUCAAAGCUAUAGAUCCAGCUUAUGCAUUGCCUGUGGAUGUUGUAAACAAAAUUUUCUUCACCACCUGAAAACUCGUAGUUGAUCAUUAGAUUUGUAGUGCUACAUGUACUUCUCUUUUGGCUAUAUAUGAAUUAUUGACUACUCAGAAAUCUUGAAUUACAUUCUUUUAGAGCUCCAUAUUUUAAAA